CUCCUAGCCUCGCGCGCCGCCAACCUGAUCGGCGCAGGAUGUGGCUUCGCGGUGACGUCAGGGCCAGAUGUUUUCCCAGGCCACGCCCCCGCAGGGGUCCGGGCGACUCCGAGGAGCGAUAACGGGGAAAGCUUAUUCUACUGUCACAACGCAAUGGAAGGGCUGGGGAAACCGCAUCGUUAUUUUAUUGCGUUGUCGAAAAAACAGCAUUAAUUCAUACUCCAAGCAACAAGCUGCCAGUGCCAGGAUCUAUCUGCUCUUCUUUUUCUCUUCCAUUGGACUUCCAACGCUUUUUUGAUUUAGGGACGAGCUGGGUGUGAUCGUCACGAACAAAGUGUGUUUUUGAUGGCUGCUAGAUCAGCCUUUACUUCUACAAAGAGAUCCUAAGAAAUAAUAGAGGGAAAAGUCUGCUCACAUAAUCUUUUUAGAAAAGGGAAAGAGCAGUGCUGUUGGGUUUUUUCCUCUUCUGUUUGGAUUUCUUUUUAAACUCACGAAAAAUGGCAACAGCAGCAUGUGUGGAUCAUUUUGCAGCAGAGUGCCUUGUUUCUAUGUCCAGUCGUGCUAUUAUCCAUAGUCCCAAAGGGGACCCUGAUCCCCAACCUGAUGCAGCAAUACCUCCUUCAUCAAAUGGAGAAGAUAAGCGAGAAGUCAGAGAAAUCGGGAAAGACAAUGGAUCAUCAUUACUUGUGGUAGCUAGCAUUUUAGCAGAUCUGAACCAGCAUGUCCCAAACUCACCUGCUCUAAGGAUGGAAGAAACGGAUACCUUUGAUAUCACAGAACAAAUACACAUUUCUAUUGCUCCUCAGGAGUUUGGGGAAGAAAGUGUGUCUUCGGCUGGUAAGCGUGGAGGAGGAAGAGCAGCCACACCUACUAGCCUGGCUGCAGUAACUGAGCCAAGCCCCAGACAAAAGAACAAACGCACGAGAAGCUGGACUGACCCUGGAUCACCCCAGAAAAAGCACAAAUGCCACUAUGUGGGGUGUGAAAAAGUUUAUGGCAAAUCUUCCCAUCUUAAAGCUCAUCUAAGGACCCACACAGGUGAACGGCCUUUUGAAUGCAACUGGCAAGGAUGUAACAAGAAGUUUGCUCGCUCUGAUGAGCUGGCCCGCCAUUACCGCACUCACACUGGAGAAAAGAAGUUCAGCUGUCCUCUCUGUGAGAAACGCUUCAUGCGCAGCGACCAUCUGACAAAGCAUGCCCGUCGCCAUGCCAAUUUCCACCCAAGCAUGCUCAAGAGGCGAAGUGGAAGCAGCUCAAGAACAGGAUCUGUCAGUGACUACAGCCGCUCAGAUGCCUCAAGUCCAACGAUUAGCCCUGCUAGUUCCCCGUAGACCUACCUGCACUGGAUGUCAGCACUUUGCCUCUAAUACCUAAUGUGGAGUUUUGUUUGUGUUGCACACAUUUAAAAAACUCUGUUGCUUCCCCUCCUCAGUUCCCCCCCCCCCUUUUUUUUUUAAAUCAGUAAAUAGCUGCCUCCCACUGCAAUUUCCAGUCAAAUUUUCUUUACCCAACCACACAAGUGGCUAUUCUAACCUCAUGGACAGACAGACUUACAUGUUCCACUUAGUGACUCCUGCUGUCUCAAUAUUUCAUACAUUUUGCCACCAUUUACAGAUCCUCUUGAUUAUUCUUUAUAAGAAAAUGAGAACAUCUAAAGAAAAAACCCCUACUUAAUUCACCUCAGGUGUCAAAAUAGUUUUGUAAGACCGGAUUGCACAACAUGGGCAUACAUACACUUACAAAUCAACUGUGUUGGAUUGUGUCCCCCUUCUCCUUUCUCAGGGAUGGAUAUUUAUGUUACACAAUAAUUACAAUGAAGACACACCCUAACUGCAGCCUUACUCUGUAAAUAUAUUUGCACUCAGAAGCUUUUUGUUAGGUUCUUUCACACACUGGGGAAAAAACACAAACAAUACAAAAACCAAACCAGUACUGGAAUGUAGUACCAGACUCUUCCAUUGUUUGUUUUCCUGAUUAUAUACCUACAUUGGGGAGCGUCCACACAGGAGUCUUGUCUUUCUUCAAGCUGCCCUCUGCUUUUGGUAGCAAGCUGUCUUUCACUUCAUGCUGAAGAUGCUCCAAAACCAACUUCCUAUUGCAAAAAUCUCUGUGAGGUUGAUAAACUUGAUUGUUUCAUGCUAGAUAAAAUUCUGAGAAAAAAUUCUAAACAAGAUGCCUUAAGUAAAUAAUCUAAAUCACAAGGAAACAUAUUUACACUGGGUAAUAUUUUAUUGCAAGGUGGCACAGAAUCUCGGAGGCAUUCUGUCGUCACUCUCUCCAAGUUGUUAAGCUCUCUGCACUGCCUGUUCAGUAUGGGACCAACAGAAUAUUCAAAUCAAACCACACUGACUUGAAGAAUUUUCUUUAUUCUUUUUUUCCUUUUUUUUUUUUAAUGAACUAUGGAAAUAGCAUAGCUGAACCAAUGCCUACCAAAACUUUUAUUGAGGUACUUACCUACUGUAUAGCUGUAUCUUAGCAAGACAAAUUGGCUAAGACAUAGUUUCUGUAUCCUGUUGCAUCACAAUCAUGGUCGCUGAUAAAAGGAAGUGAAAAUUAUAAGGUAUCUUCUAACUGGAAAAAUAAAAUAUGCAUUUUUAAGUUUUGAAAUAAAAUGAAAUUUUAGCUCAGCACUAUGACAAGUUUCUCAAAAAUACACAUACCAGCAUAAUGGUGCUUUCGUUUCUGAAUAACUGAUAACAAAAAGGGAAUCUUGGCUAGUUUUCAAUAACUUUCAAAUAUUUGACACUAGACAGAGCACUAGGAGGUAGAUUUUUAUGAUUAUAUGUUAGAAAAUAUAACAAAAGACCAUGAGCAUUGCGAUGUACUGGAGACCUCAUUGGCAGCAAAUACAUCUUCGUUGGUUUGGCUGUGUCUGAUGGUGAAUAUUAGUGAUUCUGGAAGUUUGGGGGUUUUCUUAUUUUUAUGGUAGGGUAUAAAUGCUGGUAAGUGUAGCAUAGUGAAAAGAAGGUCUCUACACCAAACUUGCCGUUUGAUAUCAAGUGUAUGCCUCCACAUUCCAAAUGAACCUGUAUCUUACUUGCUGCUUUGCAUUGAUCCAAUUUUGCAAGUUUUUAUUGUACUGUAUGUUAACUGUGAGAGGCUAAUACAGAUUUCCAAGCAGUUUCAUAGGUACUUCCAUAAUAUUUACAUUAUUCCUAAUACUACGCACUCUAUUAGUUGUAUGGAUAAAUACUUAAAGACAGUUCAAAGUAUUUUCAGUAUUUUUUUCGAUGUUCAUUUGCUUCAGAUUUCACCUUUAUAUAAUCACAAUUUUCCCCUUUUGAAUUGGAAGUCAUGCAAGGCAGUUCUACUGUUUCAUUUCACAGAAAAUGAAAGAACAUCGUAAGGUUUUUUUGCAAGAUGACAAAUAUUGUUCACUUUGUAUGAUGAGUUGCCUUACCACUGUGAGUUAGGGGAAAGCCAGAUCUGUUUGCCUCCAUAGAUUUCCUCUUUACUUUUUUUAAAAACAUCUACUGAGAUACACACUUUUAACAACUUGAUAUAAUUCAGGUAACAGGAAUUCACAUUCCAAUCAUUUCUACGACUGCUAAAAGUGCUCCUGUGCUGUAGUUAGUAAAGAGGCAUUUAAGAUAUCUAGCUAAAGGAAUUCUACAGGUCAGGUGUGUCUUGUGCACAUACUUCUAAACAAGUCAUAAACACGCUUCUCAUUAUCUUUAUACCUUAAUAGAGGGAUAUGGGGGAACGCCCUCUCCUCCCCAAAAUCAAAAGGAGAACUAAGUAUUGGGAAAAAUCAUAAGCUUCACGUUCUAAGUUCAGUUUGUUGUAAAAUCACCUUUUCCAAUGGGAGCAUCAUUUAAUCUCUAGCAAAGGAAGAACCACUCCAGUCCAUUUAUUUAGGGCAUAAUAAUUCAGCAUGAAUUGGUAGGUGCAUUACAAACAAGCUGUUUUAAUAGCCUGGAGAAAGAAUAUUUGCUCCAGGUUUUAUUAAUAGGGAGAUUAUGGGAUAUUCUGAGUGCCAUAAGAACUAUGUAAUCCUUAACUCAAACAGUAAACUAAGCAUUUAAUGUAUAUUCCUCAUAGAGAUUAUUAAUAAUUCUCCAAAGUUAAGCAGGAAAAAAAAAAAAGGUUCAAAGUCAAAUUUCCAGUUCAGCCAGUUCAUCUAAUAAGAAGGCAAUGAGACUGCUUAUGGCCAACAUAGCUAUGCUUUCAGGAAAUUAUCUGAAAUUUGUCAUUAAUUUUUUUUUUUUUUUUUAAUAUCUUAGCUGUAAAUACCUCAGAGUGUUUUAGGCUGACAGUCAAAUUACUGUGUUUUAAAAUCCUAGCUAGAGUUUCAAGUAUCUCCAUUAAAUACUUAAUACAUGAUAGCUUUAGGAUAAAAUUAUGAAUUCCAAACCACUUGUUUCCAAAACUGAAUGUGAACAAAACUUCUCUUAAUAUUUUCAUACAGAAGGAGAGUGUUUGGGGUUUUAUAACAUCUGCUAGGUGCUAGAAAAGAAGCAGAAGCACCAGCAAGGUCAUAAGACUGCAUUCUCAUGAUUGUUCCUCCUGAGUUUUGCAGAUAUGAGAAGUCUCAACAGUUCAAAUUAUGUUUUGAAAUCUGGGUCCUUAUCCAAACUAACCUCAGAUUUUUACCCUUUUGUUGUUUCACCCAGCAGCGUAACCUAAAACAGUCUCCUGACAGAGCAACAAACAUCGCACACUCAGGAAAUACUGCUCUGGCAAGGUGCAGAUUUCUUUACAGUCCUCCAUUCGGAGGAGUGUGCACUCUCCUUCUGCCUCCUCCUUUCCCCAUGCAAUCUAUUGAGGUAAAUCCCCACAAACUACAAAAUUACCCUAUUUGCUUUUAAUUUCAGAAUAUAGUAACAGGUUUAUUAUUAUUAAGAAAGCCCUGAAAGUUGGCUUGUUUUUCUCCAGCCAUGAUUCUAGCUUCCUCUCUAAGAGUUGAGCUUAACUGCCUUGCUAUAGCAAACGGGUGCAAGUUAAAAUCAUCACUUCACUACCACCACUCAACCGAAACUAGACGCUCUUAGAAACUCAUUCACCCCUUUCAUUAACCUCAUCCUGUGCAAAGGCCUGAAGUGCAUUAUGUAUUUGGUUUUCAUCCUGCUUCUUAGAAAGCAAUUCUGGUAAACUCCUGGCAGCUAGAUUUUAUUGUGAGAAUUGUUUAUAUCUGCAAAUUGCUUGUUCCUUGCUUUUAUAAUAUAUGCAUAGUAUCUGUUUACAUUACAUAACUGCAAAGGCAUAUAUUUAUAACAAGUCAUCAGAAGCCUCUGUUUGAUGGUAACACCCAAUUCCUGUAUGUAUCCUAUCCUCUUUUCUGGAUUAACCCUUGCAAUAACUUGUAGCUAUGAAAGCCUUUGUAUGCCUUUAAAACCUCAUUACCUUCUAUCCAGAUGUUCAGCGCUUUCCGUGUUUCAUGCAGCCAGGCAGUAAAAGGCUGUGUGAGGAGCUUACCUGUUUCUAGCUAUGCACAUUCACAACUGGCUUUCUCCAGUUCUUUGCCAUGAGUUCUAGAAAUUGUACUGACUGAAGUGCAUUGUUGUUUUGGGGAACAUGGUUUGUGAAGAAAGAAUAAGGAAAAUGAACUCUGCAUACGUAAAGCUUGCCUUUUCAUUGCCAUUUUAUUUACUAAUUUCAUCAGGUGAUGCCUACAAACCGACUUUCAGGUGCUCUUUUACUCCAUCACACCAUCUGUUUGUGCAUUGGGUGCUAACAUAUAGUCUAUGUCAGUGAAUGGUAUGAUGAACAUCUGUGUGUUUAACUCUUUUGGGGAUAAAGCUAUAGCCUUAAGAAAAAGAAAA